AUGGGCUGGUCAGCAGAGAGCAUAUAGUUUCAUUCCCAGCUUUGAGGAUACACAGACAGAGGAAUACAUCUUAAAAAUUGCACUGCAACAUCCACAGAAACUUCAGAAGCAAAGAGAGAGAGAUGGCCAUUCCUAUCCUGCUGCAGAGGACUGCAGUCCUGCUCCUCUCACUGGCAGUGACCACACCCGCAGUUCAUCUGUCAGGUAACCUUGCCUUGGACGCUCCGUCUGUCCUAUCGUCCACCUACGGUGGCAUGGCGGAUCAUGCAGUCGAUGGAAGGAAAGAUGGCAUGUUCAACGCAGGCUCCUGCACCCACACUGAAACUGAGACCAAUCCCUGGUGGCGUGUCGACCUAUCCCGCCCCUACAACAUCACCAGGGUAACCAUUACUAACCGCGGGGACUGCUGCGAACAGCGCAUCAAUGGAGCGCAAAUACGUAUUGGCCACAGCCUACAAAACAACGGCAACGAUAACACCCUCGCUGUUGUAAUCCAGUCCAUCAGAAGAGGUGAGACUAAGUCAUUCCGGUUCAACUCUGUGGAAGGCCAAUAUGUCAACAUCUUCCUGCCUGGCAAAGAAAAAAUACUGACACUGUGUGAAGUGGACGUGUUUGCUGGUGAUGAAGAGAACAUUGCUCUGCAGCGUCAGGCUACCCAGUCAUCCAUAUACAGUGCCUCUGGUUUCUCUAAGUAUGGCGUGGAUGGAGACAGGAAUCCCAAUUACCAUGAAAAAGGCUGUGCUCACACCUAUCAACAGAACAACCCUUGGUUCAGAGUGGAUCUCCUUGCGAGAUACGAAAUCACCAGGGUAACUGUCACCAACCGGAGGGAUUGUUGUGCAGACCGUAUCCAAGGAGCUGAAAUCCGAAUUGGUGACAGCCUGGACAACAAUGGCAACACCAACACACGGGCUGCGGUAAUUCAAUCCAUUCCAGCAGGAGCAUCAAAGACAUUUGACUUCAAACCAAUUAGGGGGCGCUAUGUGAAUGUGGUCAUACCUGGAAACCUGAAGGUGCUCACACUCUGUGAAGUGGAGGUGUAUGCCGUAGUUGAAAUUAAUAUUGCCCCAAGAGGAAGAGCGACCCAGUCCAGCCUGGUUCUAGGAGAGAUGUCCAGUUUUGGUCACGCUCUGAAUGCCAUUGACGGAAACCCCAACCCAGAUCAGCGCAAGGGCACCUGCUCGAUGACGGACCGCGAGACUGACCCCUGGUGGCGGGUGGACCUGCACGAGAAAUACAGGGUCUCAGCUGUGGCCCUGACCAACCCAAAGAGCGGCUCACCUAAAGGCCUGAAUGGUGUCCACAUUCGCAUCGGAGAUUCAACCAACCCUAAGGAAAAUCCCCUGUGUGCAAAAGUGACAUUUGUGCCCCUUGGCGAAACAAUGCGGUUUGAAUGCACAGAGGCCAUGGAGGGGCAGUAUGUGACUGUGAUCCUACUGGGGCAAGAGAGAUCCCUCAGCCUGUGUGAAGUGGAAGUCUUUGGGUCUCCAGUAAGCACUUAUCAAAGUAGCACAAACACAUAAAUAUGAUUUUUGAAUACUUUGAAGAAAAGAUUUUAGACAAGUUGAGGGAGUAGCCAUAACAUUAAGGUUCAGUUUACUUCAAACACAAUAAUGAGAGUAACAUUUUCUAUGAAGAUCAUUGCAAUAAUGAUUUAUGCAUACAUUCAUAACACAAUGUAAUCAUUUACAAUAACACAAUGUAAUCAUUUACAAACAAACAUGAGACUCUAUAGCCUAGACUCUAUAUAGCCUUUAUGAUGCAUUAUGACCUAUUGCUUUAAUGUGUUAUCACUAAUAGUAUACCACAUUUUAUCACCAUGGGCCA